UUGGUGAUAAGCCUGCGAGAUUUACUGCAGUCUUUGCCUUAUGCGGAUCUUUAUACAAAAUUGAAAUCAACAACUAGGGAAUGCAAUUUGGAAAUACUACUUAACAAAGGUAUUUUUGAUAAACUCGACAGAACUGGGAAAUACUAUAUACAGAAUGUGGACUAUUGUUGUCCUCGUCUUCUUGGCAACUGCUAUUGCUGAAGACACCUACCUAGUAGUCACACCCUCAGACGUUCGACCCGGGGUACCCCUUAAUAUCAGCAUCAACAUUCUACAGUCCCAUGGCAACGUUAACGUCAAAGCCGACCUGGUUGAGAGAAGCACGAAAAAUCAAAUUGCCACAGCACACGGAAUUUUCUCUCAAAAUGUUCCAGGCAUUCUAACAAUCCAGGUACCAGACAGUUUGGGACUUGGAUCUUACUCACUGGCCGUUCAUGGGACUCAUGGAUUGAAGUUUAGCAAUGAGACGGAUCUGUACUAUCAGUCCAAGAGCGUCUCCAUCUUCAUCCAGACGGACAAAGCCAUGUACAAACCAGGUCAAACUGUCAACUUCCGGGCAUUCGCUAUAUAUCCCAACAUGAGUAUCUAUACAGGAGCUAUGGAUAUUGAAAUUUAUGACCCCAACACUAAUAAAAUCAAACAGAUUUUGGGAGCCAGGGACUCCACAGGCGUGAUCACCAACUAUUUGGAGGUGGAUACCCAACCUGUUCUGGGGGAUUGGAAAAUAAAAGUCAUAGCGCACGGUAAAUCUUCAGAGAAGACGUUUACUAUUGCACACUAUGUUUUACCAAAGUUUGAAGUGACAGUUGAACUUCCUGCAUUUGCUCUCUCUUCCGAUGACAGCCUAAUUGGGACUGUGAAAGCUAAAUAUACCUAUGGUAAACCGGUGGAAGGCUCAGUCAAGCUGCGUGCUAAGAACGAAUACUGGUACCGACCCUGGAACUACCACGGAGACGAACCAAUGAUUGAGCAAACACUGACUCUGACAAACGGUCAAGCCAAAUUCACUCUAUCUGGUCUCAGUACACUCAACAAGUACCUUGGUGAACGGUACAUCAUCGUGGAAGCCAAUGUGACAGAGAGUCUGACAAAAAUAACACUAAGUGGGAACAGUAAAAUACAGUUCCAUCAGCAUGCUGAGAAAAUGGAGUUCCUCGACUCAAACCCUGACACAUUCAAGCCCGGACUUCCUUACACUGGCUAUAUAAGAGUCACCCGCCAGGACGGUAGUCCCAUUACUGGAACAAAGCAGUCUGUAGUCCUUCAUAACACAAUAACCGCCCAGCUUCCAACCCCUUCAACAACACCUCAGUACUACUGGGGACCACAGACCACUAACUAUAAACUGGAUGACCAGACAUUCACCCUUCCUGAUACUGGCGUUGUUGCUGUCCAGGUUCAGAUUCCAGAAAACGCCACAAGUGUCAGUUUACAUGCGGAAUAUGGAGCUGUUUCGAGCUACAAGACUCUAAGGAAAAGUUAUUCUCCUAGUGACAGCUAUAUCCAAUUGUUUUUGAGAUCCACCACAUUACGUGCAGGAAGUGUUGCAAACUUUGAAGUUCAGUCAACAGAGGGUGUGGGGCAACUUACAUAUCAGAUUUUAUCUCGGGGGACUAUUGUACACGCUGAAUCUGUGGAUGGAAACAACCAACAGUCGUUCACCGUCAGUGUACCUCUGACAGACAAAAUGGCACCCAAUGCCCGAAUCGUUACAUACUACGUCAGAACUGACGGAGAAGUUGUUACCGACAGCAUCAGUUUUAACGUUGCGGGAGUUUUCCAAAACCGGGUGGCUUUAAGUUUUGACAAAACGAAGGCUCAGCCCGGGGAGAACGUCAAUGUCCGUGUUACAGCUGACCCUAUGUCCACAGUCUAUCUGUUGGCCGUAGACCAAAGUGUUCUUUUGCUAAAGUCCGGAAAUGACAUCACCCAAGAAGAGGUAAUCGAUGAAUUGAAAACAUAUGAUACAAUUCAUCACUACGACAACGGACCUAUUUUCUUUGGGGGCGGUGGAGGCAUUAUGCCAUUCGGAAGAAAGAAGCGUAUGAUUUGGUGGCCAUAUCCUACUUAUUAUGGUGGAUCUGAUGCCUCUCAAAUCUUCGCUAAUGCAGGAGUGAAAGUCUUGACGGAUGCUCAGGUGUUUAAACAUGUUGAACCAAUGCGUCCUUGGUUUUUACCUGGUGCCACAAUGCCACCAAUGCCAUUUAUGAUGUCAACAAUGAUGUCAACUCCUUUACCUAAUUUCCAGCUGAAAGAAGUUGGUCGUGUUCGAAGUGUUUUCCCUGAGACUUGGUUGUGGACCAAUCGUUCUACUGGAUCUGAUGGUCAGGUUCAAAUUUCUACCACUGUUCCUGACACCAUCACCUCCUGGAUUGCCAGCGCCUUCGCCAUCAACAGUGCGUCUGGUUUGGGCAUUGCUGAUAUCACAGCUAAAAUUGAAACUUUUAAACCCUUCUUUGUCAGUCUUAACUUGCCUUACUCCGUUGUGCGUGGUGAACAAGUGGUUCUUCAAGCAAAUGUGUUCAACUACCUUUCACAGGAUACUGACGUUUUGGUUACCUUGGAGAAGAACGACGACUUCCGUAGCAUUUUGAUGGACGCCAGCAAUAACCCGACAUACGUGUCUCAAACACAGACUUCAACCAUCCAUGUCCCCUCUGGGCAAGCUAAAUCAGUUUUCUUCCCCAUCGUUCCUGCUGGUCUUGGCAUGAUUGACCUCACCGUUAAAGCUCAGUCCACAUUGGCUGCUGAUGGCGUCAGAAGACAACUGUUGGUUGAACCUGAAGGUGUUCCAAAAGAAUACAAUGUACCGAUUCUGAUUGACCUCAAAGAUAGCAACACUUUCACCAAAGAUGUUCCUAUAACACUUCCAGCAUCGGUGGUUGCUGGCUCACAGCAUGUUAAAAUCACUGCCAUUGGUGAUUUGUUGGGACCAACUGUAAAUAAUUUGGACAAACUCUUAAGUAUGCCCAAUGGCUGCGGUGAACAGACAAUGUUGGGAUUUGCCCCAGACGUUUUUGUGACAAACUACCUCUCUGCCACACAACAACUUUCUUCCGAAAUAAAAGAAAAGGCCAUAGGGUUUAUGGAAAAGGGUUAUCAAAGAGAACUGACAUUUCAACACAGAGAUGGAUCGUUCAGUGCUUUUGGUGAUAGUGAUAAAUCCGGAAGCAUGUGGCUGACGGCCUUUGUUGUCAAAUCCUUCCACCAAGCCAAAUCUUACAUCUUUAUUGAUGAAGAGACUCUGCAGAGAGCGAUUGAUUGGAUGAUAAGCCGACAAAAUGCGAACGGAUCCUUCCCAGAACCGGGACGUGUCAUUCACAAAGAUAUGCAGGGAGGAUCUGGAUCGGGGCCUGGACUGACUGCUUUUGUCCUUAUUUCUCUGCUGGAGAAUAAUGAUCUAAAAGGCGGGGUAGCACAAAGAAUCCAGAUGGCCAGUCAUAAAGCAGUGUCUUACCUUGAAAGAGAAGUCGCCAUGUUUGCCGAUAACUAUGCUCUCGCCAUUGUAAGCUACUGUCUCGCGUUGGCAAAAUCGCGGUUUGCUGGACCGGCGUUCGCCCGUCUUUCCAAUGACGUAAUUGUAAAAGAUGGCAUGAAACACUGGCACAAAGCUCAAACCCAGACCGAUUCCGACCACUAUUGGUCCCCGCCUCAUCGCCAGUCUAACCCAAUCGAUAUCGAGAUGACUUCAUACGCCCUCCUUGUGUACGCCUACAACAACCAGUUUACCGAUGGACUCUCGGUCAUGAAAUGGAUCACAUCACAGAGAAAUCCCCAGGGUGGAUUUGGUUCAACACAGGAUACCGUGGUGGCUCUUCAGGCUCUCUCUGAAUUUGCUAAAAUGGUCUAUUCCAACAACUUUGACAUACAAAUGACGGCGACGGCCGGAAGUUUCUCCCACCAAUUCUCUGUAAAUGCCAAAAACGCUCUUCUUCUUCAGUCCGUCGAGCUUCCGACAAUCCCAUCCCAAGUAACCAUCUCUGCCACAGGACAUGGUAUGGGUCUCAUCCAGGUUUCCGUAUUCUUCAAUGUGGAGCAAGAGAUUCAGGAACCUUCCUUUGAGAUGACAGUUACCAUGAUGAAAGAUACACUAGACGCCAUUCAGAUUGAAACUUGCGCUCAUUGGCUUAAGGUCGGUGCUAGCGGAAUGACAGUACAGGAGAUCGGGGUUCCUACAGGAUUUGAGGCAGAUUUAGAAAGCAUCACUCAGUUACCAACAUUGAAAAAGAUUGAAACAGAAAACAAAAAAAUCAUCAUUUACUUAGAUGAGAUUUCCACCACUCCAACCUGUAUAGUUGUGGACAUGUUCCGCACAGGAUUAGUUGCCAAAACACAACCUGCUGCCAUUCGAAUCUACGAUUACUAUGAACCUGCCAACCAAGUGACUAAGUUUUACCAAUCUCAGCGUCUGAAGAACUCUAAUAUCUGUGACAUUUGCGCGGAUUGUGGAUGUACAGCUUGAGCUGUUGUUCUGAUCCCGAUAGAGAACUGUUAAUCAAGAUACUGGUUUUAUAAAACUUUGUUAUUAAAGAACAAAAAUAAAACAAGCUUUUAUUAGUUUCAUACGAAUA